UUAAAUGCAAAAUAGUUUGGGCAAAUGUUGCUGCGGGAGUCAAGACUAAGUAAUACAGUAAGAAGAUAUGAAGUUGGAGAGCUUCUCAUGUUCUUCCUUUGUAUAAAGUUUGCAUACGUACAAAACCCAGGACUUUAAUGACUUUAAGAGGGGGCAGAAUUGCAUCUCUUGGAAGUUAACAGACUCAUGUGAACUGGAAUGUACAUUGUGGCCCUCACAAUUGAUUUUAAUAUUUAUUUGCAAAGUCCUUUCUGUUUCUAAAUAAAAGCUGUGCCUUCUGAAACCUGUAAGUGAUGUAUACUGGCCACAUCAAAUCUUUUAAAAGUGUUUUCCAAACCCCAAAUUGUUAGUGUGGAAGAAAUGUUUCUUUUGGGAACACUAAAACAAAGGGGUAUGGGAGGAUUGAUUUCAGAGACCAGUUGCUGCUUCUGCUUUAUACGUUAACAUUCUUUCCCUCUUUCUCUCAGCCAAGAACUCUCAUGAUAUGUAAUUGACUUUUGGUUGAAAAAACAUGUAAAAUAAUGUUUUUGUGUAUGAUACAAAAGUUUAGAAUAAAACAAAAAUCAGCCACUCUAAUAUGUGGUAGGUUUUCUGGCAAUUAACCAUAGCACAUAGACAUUUGCCACAGGAAAUGCCACUGCCAGAUCUCCCACACCGCCACAUGAAGGCUUAGCAUUGCUUUAAGUCAUGCCUUAAUAAAUGAUGAAUGGAAGUGCAGAGUCCAUGAGGAAGAAUUCAGUGCGUAGGAGUGUUUCGGCAUCUGGUAGACAAUUGUUUGUUAGAGUUGCCAGUUAUUAGCUUGCUGGCCUGUAUCAAAGUGCUUUACUAUUCUGUUUCUUCUGCUGUAGAAAUCCCUAUGUUAUCCCCUAUUGUGAUGACUGACAGUGUCCCACUGUGCUGAAUCAAGAAGACUGGGUAUAUAGGUCCAAAUCAUGGUUAUGGAGAUGUUAGGGUAGAAGACAGCAGUAUGGACAUGAUAGAAAGAGGAUUGAGAAUACAUUUCUAUGUGAUCCAUUUUUGCUUUGCCUUCUAUCUAAUUCUGCCAAUUCCUAAUCUUUAGGACUCACCUCAAAAUCUCUUGAAGCCACUUUUUGGGAGAUGUGCAAAAUGUGUGUGAAGGGAGAGAGCAUCAAGAGCAGAAAGCGUAGGUGAGAGGGAAGCCCUGCAUGUUGCAGGAGUGGAAAUGCAGUUAACGGCUGCGAUGUCAUUUCUGACCAUUCUGCAGGACGAAUCAGUGUCAAUUCAUGCAUAUACCCACUCAUUCCUCCAAGUCAUUCUCCUGCAUCUGGAGCACAGGGACACAGGUGUCAGCAAUGCAUGGCUGGAAACUCUUCUGUCUGUUAUAGAAGUAUUGCCAAAAGAAACCCUACGGCAUGAGAUUUUGAAUCCACUUGUUUCCAAGGCACAACUUUCCCAAACAGUCCAGUCUCGUUUAGUUAGUUGUAAAAUUUUAGGAAAAUUGACCAACAAAUUUGAUGCCCACACCAUUAAGCGAGAAAUACUUCCUCUGGUAAAAUCACUCUGUCAAGAUGUAGAAUAUGAAGUUCGAUCUUGUAUGUGUCGGCAAUUAGAAAAUAUAGCCCAGGGCAUUGGGACAGAACUUACAAAAAGUGUGGUGCUCCCUGAAUUAAUAGAACUUUCUAGGGAUGAAGGCAGCAGUGUACGACUUGCAGCUUUUGAAACUUUGGUUAAUCUGCUUGAUAUAUUUGAUACAGAUGACAGAAGUCAAACUAUACUUCCCUUAGUGAAAUCAUUUUGUGAAAAAUCUUUCAAAGCAGAUGAAUCAAUUCUUAUUUCUUUAUCUUUCCAUUUAGGAAAACUAUGUCAUGGACUAUAUGGAAUUUUCACUCCAGAUCAGCACUUGAGAUUUUUGGAAUUUUAUAAGAAACUUUGUACAUUGGGUUUGCAACAAGAAAAUGGACACAAUGAAAACCAGAUUCCACCCCAAAUCCUAGAGCAGGAGAAGAAAUAUAUUUCAGUACGGAAGAACUGUGCUUAUAACUUUCCGGCCAUGAUUGUUUUUGUUGAUCCUAAAAACUUCCACAUGGAACUCUAUUCUACAUUCUUCUGCCUUUGCCAUGACCCUGAAGUACCAGUCAGAUACACUAUUGCUAUUUGCUUUUAUGAAGUAUCUAAGCUUCUGAAUUCUGGAGUAUAUUUAAUACAUAAAGAACUAAUAACAUUAUUACAAGAUGAAUCACUGGAGGUACUAGAUGCUCUUAUAGAUCAUCUUCCAGAAAUCUUGGAACUUAUGUCUACUGGUGGAGAAAGCAGUGUUCAAGAAAAUAAGUUAUCUUCUCUGCCUGACUUGAUUCCAGCACUCACAGCUGCUGAACAGCGAGCUGCAGCCUCUUUAAAAUGGAGAACUCAUGAGAAGCUACUUCAGAAAUAUGCCUGCCUGCCACAUGUCAUAUCAAGCGAUCAGAUUUAUUACCGUUUCUUACAAAGAAUGUUCACAAUCAUGAUGACAAAUAAUGUUUUACCUGUCCAAAAGGCGGCUUCACGAACUCUAUGCAUUUUUCUGCGUUAUAAUCGUAAACAAGAACAGAGACAUGAGGUCAUUCAAAAAUUAAUUGAACAAUUGGGCCAAGGAAAAAGUUACUGGAAUAGACUUCGAUUUUUGGAUACCUGUGAAUUUAUUAUAGAGAUAUUUUCGAAAUCAUUUUUCUGUAAAUAUUUCUUUCUACCUGCUAUUGAACUAACACAUGAUCCAGUAGCAAAUGUGAGAAUGAAACUUUGCUACCUGUUGCCCAAAGUGAAAUCUACUCUGAAGAUUCCUGCUGAUAAGCAUCUACUUCAGCAGUUAGAAAUGUGUGUGAGGAAACUCCUGUGUCAAGAAAAAGAUAAAGAUGUUCUGGCUAUUGUAAAAAGAACUGUAUUAGAGUUGGACAGAAUGGAAAUGUCUAUGGAUGCUUUUCAGAAAAAGUUUUAUGAGAAAGAUUUGUUGGAUCAAGAGAAAGAAAGAGAAGAACUACUUCUUUUGGAAAUGGAACAAUUAGAGAAAGAAAAGCAACAGAAUGAUGGAAGGCCCAUGAGUGAUAAAAUGUUUGAAAAGAAACGUAGAGACACUAAGACACCAACGCAAAGUCUGCCCAAGAACAUCCCCAUUUCUGUUCCUGGACCCUCUUCUGUCACCCCAUCGACAAGUAAAGAAAUCAAGAAAUCCAAAUUGAUUCGAAGCCAGUCUUUUAAUAAUCAAGCUUUUCAUGCAAAAUAUGGCAACUUAGAGAAAUGUGCUAGUAAAAGUUCUACAACAGGAUAUACAACUUCUGUCUCAGGGUUAGGAAAGACUUCUGUGCUUUCACUAACUGAUGAUUCAUUCCGGACUCGUAAUGCCAGCAGCGUUCCAUCUUCCUUUUCUCCUAAUACUCCCUUACCGAGUACUUCCCGUGGGACAGGUAACUCAGUUGACCCCAAGAGCAGUGGAAGUAAAGAUACACAACCACGGAAGGCUACCUUAAAAUCCAGAAAAUCCAAUCCUUAAAUCAACUGCUUGAUGAAGGAGGCAAAACAAAGGCAGCAGGAGAUAAUGUGAUUGGUACACAAAAGCUAAAGCAGUGGCUGGGGCUUUGUUUUUAAAUUUUGGGUUUUUUUUUGUUGUUGUUAAUGAGCAGAAAGAGAGACAUAAUGACAGCUGAUUUUAAACUUUUCAUAUUUCAAAUUAGAUUCCCUAGGAGGUAUAAUAUAUAUUUCUUGAGUAAUAAUGUGGUUACAGAAUUCCAAUGUUAUAGUGAAGUGUAAUGAAAAACAUCUCUAGGAAUGUGCUUUAACCACUGCUGCAAAAGAGACAAGUCUGCAUUUAUUUGUGCAGGAAACCAGCUAUUUAAUUGUUCUAGAGUUUUAGCAUUUAAAAAUCGUAUGAAAGUCUACGUCAGCUGAAUUGUCCUAGCUUGAUAAGCACUUGGAGGGGGACUUGGAAGGUAAGAAAGAUACUGCAUUUUCUCAUGACUCUCCAAGCCCACUUGAAAAGUCACACUGAAAGGAUGCAAACAGCCGUCUGCGAUUUUGGCAGCCCUCUGGAUUGUGGUGACAAUAUGCUGUACCCGGACAUUCCCAAAUUUAAAUUUGGCAAUGAAAAUUCCACAAAGAUUUCUGGUAACUUUGAGCUAUAAAUACCUUAAAAAUAAUAGAUUGAUGAUUUUCUUUAUUUCCUAGAGAAUUUAUUUUAUAAAUACUUUGUUUACAUUUUAGAUUGUACUUGUCUUUAUUUAAUUUAAAAUGAUGAAUCUAGUCUGAAUCAGCUGUUAUUCCAAGCUAUCAUGCUUAAGCUAUGUCAACAGCAUUUAUUUGUACUAAUGCUAAUAUUUCCAUCAAAAUUUGCCUGUGGAAUAUAUACACUUCUUAAUUUUAAACUGUCAGUUCUUGAGAUAUACCGUGUGAAGCUAUUGUCAGCUUCUCUAUUUCAAAAUGCAAUCAGCAUAUAACUAUAUUGAUAUUAGAAGAUAUUUGUUUUUUAAAAUAUAUCGAUGUAUGAUAAAGAUGAUCUAAUUUGUGAAUGCA